UGAGAGCAUUUCCAGCUCAGGACGACCAAUGAAACCAAAGCAGAGACUCGGCGUAUAACAGCGAAGGUUGAAGGACGCUCCAAAUUAAUUCCAGCAGGCUCCGGACUCCCCGGGAUAACUCUAAAUUGCAUAUAUCGGAUGAAGAUCACUUUGGCGCUAUUGUACCUUGCAGGCACUUGCUUCCAAAAAGAAGCGGGCACGCUGCUUUCGGAGGAUUUUAAAAAGGUCUACGUUUUCUCUUCUGGGGCUCAUUCCUCCCGUUCCCUUUUCUUCUCUGAUCUCACUCGGCGCAUUCAGCCAUUUGAAAGGACACCUAUAUUUCCAAGCAUCUCGAAACAUAUAGGCAAAUGGAGCAAACCUAUGGAGAGGUGAACCAACUAGGCGGUGUGUUCGUCAACGGCCGACCUCUACCUAACGCCAUACGGUUAAGAAUUGUAGAGCUGGCUCAGCUCGGGAUUAGACCCUGUGAUAUAAGCAGGCAACUCCGAGUCUCCCACGGCUGCGUGAGCAAGAUUUUAGCGAGGUACAACGAGACUGGCUCCAUACUACCCGGUGCCAUCGGUGGAAGCAAACCCCGAGUCACGACGCCGAACGUGGUGAAAAACAUCAGGGACUACAAACAAAAUGACCCCGGGAUCUUUGCUUGGGAGAUCCGGGACAGGCUUUUGGCUGAUGGUGUUUGUGACAAGUACAAUGUCCCGUCGGUUAGCUCGAUCAGCAGGAUUUUACGCAACAAGAUUGGAAAUCUCUCCCAGCCUAACCAGUAUGAAAGCACCAAGCAAGCCUCCGCGCAGGCAGGCCUCCCCUACAACCACAUAUACCCUUAUUCCUACCCCAACACUAUGUCACCCACUAGCACUAAAAUGGGCAGCCCUCCUGGAGUACCAGUGACGGCUGGACAUGUGAGCAUUUCCAGGGCCUGGCCUUCUGCGCACACCGUCAGUAACAUCCUCGGAAUACGAGCCUUCAUGGAUCCUACAGCAAUUGCUGGGACAGAGGGAUACCCACCAAAAAUGGAGGAGUGGGGUAGUGUCAACAGAGCAGCUUUCCCAGCCGCGCACACAGUCAACGGGAUUGACAAGUCAGCCAUUGACGCCGACAUAAAAUAUGCUCAGCCUUCCUCGACAUUGUCUAGUUAUGUACCGGCGUGUGCUUACUCCCCAACCAACCAGUACGGGGUGUACAGUGGGCCAGCAGGCGGAUACGUGGCCCCGGGCCACCACCACUGGCAGACGCAGAGCCCGGCUCUGUCCCACCCAAGCAGCGGGAUGAGCAUGCACGCAGGAGAAAUCCACUCCCCGAUGACCUUUAAACACCAGGCCCGAGAAGGAGACAGAAAACCGCCCAGUCCCCUGAGCAAGCCGCAGCAGCAGCAGCAACAUGAAGACUUGAACAGUGUGCACGGACUCAGUCUCCCUACCUCAUCAUCAUAACCGGGAAUUAUAACACCUUAGUCACCACAACCAUUUAAAUGAACUCAUUUCAACAACUGCGACAGUAAGUCUGAACACUAACGGCUUGUUUGCAUCUAAACACGGGCCAGAUCACGUGCAUUAUGAGUGCAGAAUAGCUUUAUCGGUCUCUGCGGCCAUAUGAAUGUAAGCUUGCAUGGAUGUAUCGGUGUUUCCCCGCACUGGCUGAUAGUUUUCUUUGUUUUUCAUUUGAAACCCUUCAUGUUGCUGGACAGUAUAUUCUCCAAUUGAGAUAGCAGGAUUU